GUCAGUCUAAAAAAACUCUCAAGGAAAGCUUUCACGCAAUUGGAUAAAAAGGCUGGAUUUAAUCUACUCCAGGCGGCUGAAUAUGACAUUGUUUUAAAAGCUCAAGGACUUCCAAGUUAUAAAAGUAUCAAAAGACUUUAUAAUGAGUGUGCUAAGGACAACAGUAGACAGAUUAAGCUGCAGUGGGCUACAUGUAAUGAUGAUGCGGAACAAGCUGUUGAGCUUGUAUUAAAUGACGGUGUAGAUAUUAAUGCCCGAGCGUCAGAUAAUGAUUACACAGUUUUGAUGCAGGCGAGUCGUUCAUCCUCAAGUCAGUUCAUCGAGACCCUCAUUGAUCUUGGAGCUGACAUAAGUAUCCAAAAAAAAAAAGAGUAAAGAAACACCAUUAAAAUUAGCGGCUGUUUAGAACAACUAUAUGGCAGUGUGCUUGCUAGUAAGGCACGGAGCUUAUGUAGAUGUUCAGGACAGUUAUGGAUUCACACCACCACACAUUUCAGUCAGAAGAGGUCGCGAAAAUCUUAUCAAAUUACUACUUGCAAACAAAGUAGAUGUAAAUAUUCAAGAUGCAGAUGGAUGUACACCCUUGUACUGGUGUGUCAGAAGGGGUAACGAAAACAUCUGUAGAUUGUUACUUGAACACAACGCGGAUGUAAAUAUUCAAGAUAAUGAUGGAUAUACACCCUUGCACCGGUGUGCCAUAUGGGGUACGGUAACGAAAACAUCUGUAGGUUGUUACUUGAACACAACGCGGAUGUAAAUAUUCAAGAUAAUGAUGGAGAUACACCCUUGCACCGGUGUGCCAUAUGGGGUAACGAAAACAUCUGUAGGUUGUUACUUGAACACAACGCGGAUGUUAAUAUUCAAGCUAAAGAUGGAUGUACACCCUUGCACUGGUGUGCCAGAGAGGGUAACGAAAACCUCUGUAGAUUGUUACUUGAACACAACGCGGAUGUAAAUAUUCAAGCUAAAGAUGGAUGUAAACCCUUGCACUGGUGUGCCAGAGAGGGUAACGAAAACAUCUGUAGGUUGUUACUUGAACACAACGCGGAUGUAAAUAUUCAAGAUAAUGAUGGAGAUACACCCUUGCACCGGUGUGCCAUAUGGGGUAACGAAAACCUCUGUAGAUUGUUACUUGAACUUAACGCCGAUGUAAAUAUUCAAGACAAUAAUGGAGAUACACCCUUGCACUGGUGUGCCAGAGAGGGUAACGAAAACCUCUGUAGAUUGUUACUUGAACACAACGCGGAUGUAAAUAUUCAAGCUAAAGAUGGAUGUACACCCUUGCACUGGUGUGCCUUUAAGGGUAACGAAAACCUCUGUAGAUUGUUACUUGAACACAACGCGGAUGUAAAUAUUCAAGCUAAAGAUGGAUGUACACCCUUGCACUGGUGUGCCUUUAAGGGUAACGAAAACCUCUGUAGAUUGUUACUUGAACACAACGCGGAUGUAAAUAUUCAAGCUAAAGAUGGAUGUACACCCUUGCACUGGUGUGCCUUUAAGGGUAACGAAAACCUCUGUAGAUUGUUACUUGAACACAACGCGGAUGUAAAUAUUCAAGCUAAAGAUGGAUGUACACCCUUGCACUGGUGUGCCUUUAAGGGUAACGAAAACCUCUGUAGAUUGUUACUUGAACACAACGCGGAUGUAAAUAUUCAAGCUAAAGAUGGAUGUACACCCUUGCACUGGUGUGCCUUUAAGGGUAACGAAAACCUCUGUAGAUUGUUACUUGAACACAACGCGGAUGUAAAUAUUCAAGAUAAAGAUGGAUGUACACCCUUGCACUGGUGUGCCUUUAAGGGUAACGAAAACAUCUGUAGAUUGUUACUUGAACACAACGCGGAUGUAAAUAUUCAAGAUAAUGAUGGAGAUACACCCUUGCACUGGUGUGCCAGAGAGGGUAACGAAAACCUCUGUAGGUUGUUACUUGAACACAACGCGGAUGUAAAUAUUCAAGAUAAAGAUGGAUGUACACCCUUGCACUGGUAUGCCUUUAAGGGUAACGAAAACAUCUGUAGAUUGUUACUCGAACACAACGCAGAUGUAAAUAUUCAAGAUAAAGAUGGCUCUACCCCGCUGCACCUGUCAGCUCGUAGAAACAGAGAUUGCAGUAAGAUAAUCGAUCUCCUGGUGAAGUAUGGGGUACAAAACAUAAACAUCCACGAUGCAGAAGGUUUGACUCCUCUUCAAUUG